GCCGCCAAUCAAAAUCUGCAAGAAGUGCAGUAAGCUUCGAUGGAAGAGACCAGCUGGCUCUGCAGGUGCUGACUUGCCCAGAAGAUCCCAUGGAAUUCCACAGCGAUGGACUCCAGGAGACUCCUCAGCAUCAUCCAACCACAAGAUACCAGUGGUGUGGCUCCUUCCAGCAGACAAGAGCAAGACGCAGGAUGGAAUGGGGAAAACAGCUCCCACCAGGCAACCAAAGAUGGUGUCCAUUGCUACGAGUACAACAGAGCUUUUGCAAGCUGGGGAGAAAGGAACUGGGAAUCCUGACGGUUCUCCCCCAAAGUCACCAAAGGCCUCCAGAGCUAGGACACCAUCCCCUUCAAGGAGCAAAGUUCUCAAAGAGAUGUUAAUGCACCUGAAGCAAAUCUUCAGCAAGCUUCAAAACAAAGUGAAGUCCCGAAUGUCCAAGGACUCUUGUUCCAGAACACCCGACACUAAAUUUAGAAAGCCACCCUUUUGGAAGGCAAUGGCCUCCAAGGGUGUCCACUAGUACUAUUGGGGUAUCACAUUUAAACCCAGAUUCCAAGAUGAAGGGGGGUCUGGGGGCUUGGAUGAGAUUGAGGGUGUGGCUAGCUCACUGGAUUUGUUAUUUUACCUCAUGCGGUUCAAGAAUCAAUCCUUCCUUCAAGAAGAGCUGAUACUAAAUUUACAAAGCUACCCUUUUGGAAGGCAAGGGUCUCUAAGAGUGUCCAGUAGUACUAUUGGGGCCCUACCAUCAAUCAAACCCAAACCAGCCCCAUGACCCCCAAACUCCGCCCAUCGACCCCUUAAGCCCCGCCCACCUAUCACCAGAAGUCCCACCCAUGGGGGUAUUACUUCCGGGGUCAAGGUGGACACAUGGCCGGAAGCAAAGUGUGUCAUGUGACCCCUCUAAGAACUCCUCCCGCUGCUCUCUACCAAUCAGGAGGGGUUUCAUCCCCAUUGGCCUGCCCCAAGAGGUGAUUUGACCAAUCAGGAGUGUUCCAGGGUGGGGUGACCCAUCCGGAUGUGGCUCGUGUGACCCCUCUAAGAACUCCUCCCAAUGCUCUCUACCAAUCGCAAAGGGUUUCUGCCGCAUAGGACCACCCCCAGAGCAGAUUUGACCAAUCGGUGGUGUUCCGGGGUGGAGUGACCCGCCCAGAUGAGGGUCGUGUCACCCUUCUAAGAACUUCUCCCAGCGCCCUCUGCCAAUCAGAGUGCAACACUAUCACCCCAUAAGUCCCAGCUCCGGGGCAGAAGAGGCCAUCUUUUACUAAGGAUGCGUACUUUAGCAAUCAUGGAAACAUGGGCUCCUUCACCAUCCCUGUGAGCACUUUGGAUUUUGUUUUAGCCCUGAGGGCCUUUGGGCUUUUGUGGAGAAAGGGCUAGAUCAGCGACAGUUCCCACGAGGGCUCUUUGACUCAGCCGUCGAUGGAUACGCCAGAACCCGAAACCCAAAUUCUCGUGAGGCACCCCAAUGAGCAUGAAGGCCUCUCAUUUUUCACCCCCCCAGAGGUAGAAGGUGAACACAGCUCGGGGGAGUCAUCGGAGAACGAGGUGAAUGGAAAAGACAUUGCUCAGCUUGAUGAUGCCUUUCUAGAGGAGCCAGAGGCCCUGGACAGCGUUACAUCAAGCAGCGAAGAUGAACCGGGCUCUCCUUGUUUUUGCUCAAUGCCGAUACAAAUUGUUGAAGAGGACUCCGAGGAUGACAGCUAUGAGGAGUUUAGGAGGCUUGGCAUGGAACUAACUGAGCCAGUGCCACGUUGUGAGCAUAAAAAAGUCAUGCGGACUAUUGUACGUGUUGCUGUUUAUGCUGUCCUUAAUCACGGCCUUAGGGAAAAGCUUUCUGAAGAUUGUGAGGGCCGUGUCAUAGAUGUGCCAGCCCAACGGCGCCAUGACUGUGUGACUUGGACUUCAGUAGAUCUAAACCGCAAGCUCCGGGGCCUGUGCGCUGAACUGUAUUUGGAAAGCUUAUUAAACACUGUUCUUGCCAUAGGUUAUGCUAUGCAAUGUCUGUGCCUAACCCAAGAACAUUUAGCAUAAGGGGUGACCUUGAUAAAUGCUGUGCAAUUUAGUGCAGACUCUGACCGUGUUUUAAAGAAAAUGACCAAACCGGAAAAUGUCUGCGUCACAUUAUGGACUUGAACUGGGACCGUAUAGAACAUGGUUGCAACCAAGGUCCUGUAGUGGCACCAAAUCUUAUGUAAAGGGGGUCAUAUAAGGGGUCUAAGACCAGGUUAUGGGUUGCUGGUUAUGAUUAUGCUGUC